AUGUUCACUCUCACAGAAACAAAGAGUGGCUUCACUGUGUCCAUCAGUAAUGUGUCCCCACAGCACGCUGGAGUCUACUGGUGUGGAGUGGAAUCAACUGAUAAAGAAAUAAGUUACCGAGCUGGAAACAGGAAAAUACAACUGGAGGUGGAAGAUGGCUCUGAUAUCGUCAUCCACGCGAUCAUCUGUGUAGCCGCCGUGCUGCUGCUGCUGCUACUUGUGAUCAAUUUGAUCCUGAUCUACAAACGAUAUUCCAAAAACAAAAGAAAUGCUGCAGCAGAACAGCACGUCACACAGGAUUAUAUCUACGAGGAGAUACAGGAGCGCCCCCAGAAGCCAGACUCAGGAAAUUCAUCAACCACGUUUUAUUCCACGGCCAACUUUCCCACAAACCCCUCUGCCUCGCAGCGUUACUCUACCAUCUACUUUAGAAACGGCUCUGGUGGAGCUGCUGAGGUACUGAUGACCAAUCCCAGCUCCUCUGCAUGUGAUUAUUCUGCUGUGAAGGACGGAGAGAUACCAACCUGCUCUAAUGUGAACCAGCCCUCUCCAGCGGACCAUCUGUACUCUACCGUCAACAAGACACAGCAGCAAUGAGGAAAGACCAGGGAGGGAAUUAUAAUAUCUACUAAAUGUAUGACCAUCAUUUUAGCUAAUUCAUGUUUGAUGUUAUUUACAGUGAGAUCCAGAUCAGACUUCAGGAAUUACACACAGAUAUUAGGGUGUUAGGACCUGAAUCCUGACAUUCACUCAAUCAUCCACUUUGUUUAUUGUUGGAAAUCGUGAAAAAAGGACUGGAAAAUUAUUUGAAAUAGGUUUUUUUUGGGCAUUAGGCAACUUAUAUUUCAUGUCAGACAUAUUAAUAUUGUGUCAGUAGAGCAGAUUUAAUUGUUACAGUAGGGGCGACUGAAAGUGUUACAUCUCAAAUUGCACAAGAGAACUAACUUGUGAAAGUACAAACUGCCACUUAUAGUCAACCAAACGUUAUUAAAAUAAAAAAGCCUUAAGCUGCAUUCAAAUGAUGCUCGAUUUGCUGCUUGCUGAACACGAAGUUGAACGCAGAGCCUCUUGGUGAAAACAGCUAGUUAAGUUUUGUUUCUAUAGCUACUUCCCCACUUAAUAUAGCUGUCAUCUGAUUGGUUGUGCAUCGAAAGGUCAGCAGUAAACAUUGUAGAGGUUUAAAUAAUCUUUACUUUGAUCACAGUGCCUCGCUCCAUAGAAACACACAGGCAACUUGUGUUUAUAUUGAUAAUAAAAAAGGAUUACCUUUGAAUCGACUGGUCUUAAUUAUCCUACAGUUGAUAUUGCAGAUGUGUAUAUGGCACCAAACAAUAGUUACAAAGUGCUUUACUGAGAGAAUCAAAAAUGAAUUAAUAGAAUACAAAAUGUAUAAAAUAGCAGAAGUUUCUGACAGCUCUAGAUUGGCUCCUUAGAGACUUUAUAGGUGCUUUUUCAAAGAGCUA